UGUACUACCAGUUCUAGUAAGUUCAAGAACUGAGCCCCAAGUCUGUGAGUUAUUACUGCUUUGAAUUAAAUAUGCUGAAUUUAAAUGCUUACAUGUUAUAAAAGUUAGGUAGUUAAAUGUUCGAAAGAGUGUAAGAUGGUUACGAGUGAGAUGUUAUGUGCAGGCAUGCCCCCAAGACGAGUUUAUCAAAGGCGUAAGACAAAUGGCCGUGCUGGAGGAGAGCGUGAGGUGGAGAGACAUGCUGCGCCUCCCUCACCUCCACUACCAGAUGCUGCUACCCGAAUACUGGAAGGAAUGGCUCAGCUCCUGGAACAACAUACUGGUAACGCCCAUAGGGGACGACAGGAGGACGUGUAUAUGCAGUUCAGGAGGAUGGACCCUAAGGAUUUUGCUGGCACUACUGACCCCUUUGUUGCUGAGGGGUGGAUCCGAUCUUUGGAGGUGAUAUUCCGAUACAUGGACAUGGCUGACGCUGACAAAGUCCGAUGUGCCAUAUAUCUGCUGAAGGAUGAUGCUUUGCUAUGGUGGGAGGGAGCUGAAAAGGGGGUUAAUCAGAAUACCCUGACCUGGGAGGAGUUCAAGGGGAUCUUCUACGACAAGUAUUUUACCGCUGAUGUGAGAUCGAGGUUGAAGAGGGAGUUUAUGAGUCUUCGUCAGGGAGACUUGUCUGUUGCUGAAUUUGUUAAGAAAUUCGAUACAGGAUGUCAUUUUGUGCCCCUGAUUGCUAAUGAUGCUACAGAAAAAUUAAGGCACUUUCUGGAUGGCCUCAGGCCUACUAUCCGCCGGGAUGUUCUUUUGGCUGAUCCGACUGAAUACCAAGACGCCGUCACUAGAGCCUUCAGAGCCGAGCAGUCCUUGAAAGAUAUCGAGUGGGAAGUGCAGAGAAAGAGGCCUCCUCCACAACAGCAACAGCAGCAGAAUAAGAAGUCAUAUACCGGACCACAGAAAGGGCAAGGACAGUCGAAAUUUCAAGGGAAAAUGAAGCAAUCACCGCAGGAAGCAACUGCCGUCAAGACAGAGGAAAAACCAUUGUGUAAGGAGUGCAAUCGCCAGCACUAUGGCCAGUGCCUGUGGGGCACCUACAAGUGCUUCAAAUGCGGAGGAGACGGGCACAAAGCUAAAGAAUGCCCGAAGUUACGAGAACCGGUGACCGGACGAGCAUUUGUGAUGCAUGCCAAGGAAGCAGAGCCAGACACUACGCUUAUCACAGGUGAAGAAAUGGGCGACGUUGGAGGCUUGGACCUUGACCAGACUAGGCUGGAUAGUACACUCCCGAGGACUCACUGAUUCCGCAUAAGGAAUAAAUAAAUAGCAUUUAUAAUUUAGAGAGAAUAAAUUUGCUUUCAGUUUAAAUUCUUAGAAUGUAUGACGGGUUUUAUCAAUAACAAACAAUUUCCUUAUUCGUUGGAACGUUAUACGAUGCAAAAAAAAAAAAAAAAACUUAGGGUGUUUUAUGGUUUGUCCAAACUGAUGAUGAUCCAAUGAUGAAUUUGUUGAGCGUCGUUGAGGCUGAGAAUCCCUUGAUCAAACUAGAAAUCCACAUGACCAUCUCAAUUUCUUACUCAAUAGAUUGAAAAAAUACAAGCUAGAAGAGAUGUGAAGAACAUAAUAAUGAAGCUUUGGACCAAGAAUUUUGAUUUUACGGAUCGGACAUUCUUAAACAUCCCAAUCCCAAACUCAACCAAAGUCUAGAUAAAGGUAAAGUAAAACUCCUGCAAGUUUUACUAAAGAGAAAAGAAAAGUCAAAACCUUAUGCUUUUAAGGAAAGGGAUCAAUUGAGAAUUAGUGAAAAUUUAUUUGAUACUAUUGAUGAGCAAGAACAUGAAGAUAGUGAUGAAACAUUAUCACCCAUUGUAGUUCGACGAGAAGUUCGAAAUGAUGAUAGUGAUAUUGAUAGUAGUGCAAGUACUCAUAGAAGUGGUGAUGUAUCUGGUGGUUGUAGCACUUAUGUUCCCCUAUUCUAGCAUUGGAGCUUUGGACACGUGAGAAAGAAUACACAUACAACCCAAGUUGAUGAUCAUGGAGCUAGAAUCAUUAAGACUCAGUGUCAUCGAUCUAAGGGUAAAAAUAAAAGGAAGCUCAUAAUUAUCAAGAUAUACGGGAGAGUUUAACUGAGAUUGAUUCUGUUUGAAAUUCAUCAUACUCUCAACCUUCUUAUUAUAAUUUUGAUGCAUCAUAUGGUGAUCCAUCAUAUCAAAUAUCAGGGACGUAUGUUUAUCCUUAUCUUAUGUCUAUACCAAUGCUAAUUCUAUUGGUGCCCGUUUAAAUCCAACUUUCAAUUGCCAAUUGAGAUAUGUUGAUUGACAUGUGAAAUUAAUAUCAAUAUUGCAUAUUAUAGGAUGAUUAUUUAAU